UGACCUGGCAACAACACAGCGUAGCUACUAGUGGAGUCAGCCGCGGAACAAAAACAAUGACACAGCUCGGGCGGCUUGGAAAACACCAACAAAUGUAAAGACUUUCGAGGCGACUCCCGCAGCUUUUUCUGGCACAUUUUCCAGCCGAACCUUUGGCGGAUAUUCGCGUGGUGGAAACCGACCGGGUAUUGUUUUUUUUAGGACACUUGUCAGCCUGGAAGCUAGCUGCUGCCGUUUGGACGCCAAUGAAAGGGCGCUGGUUCGCCAACUCCCCUGGCUUCUUCUUGACUGCUUUUCUUUGCUUCAGCCGCUCGGUGAGGUGCACAGAACAUUUGUUUACGGAUGAGCGAUAACUCCUGGCGACGAAGCUAAAGCUAGCUGUCCUGUUGUUAGCACAACAAUUGCACAUUCAUCAUUUCAGGCUCAUUGUCUCGCUCGGUGCUCGCUACGCUAAAAACACAGCGUUUUACAUUGGAAUGACUUUGUAUUUCAACUGCUGCCGUCGGUGCAACGCGCGUAAACAAGCAGUGUCGAUUAUAUAAGGCUGCCACUUCAGUCGACGUCAUUUAUGCUCAAUUGCAUCACGGAUAGUGGCACUAGUUACGCGUCACGGCUCGUCCCGUUUGAAGCCUUUGAGGCUGUGAAUGUGUUUCGACGUUAUUUAAGAGCAGAGUGUUAGUUAAGCCGGCCACGAUGCAGCGGCAGCAGCUGUGAGCUGGUUGUUUUCCGUCCCCUUGGUCGCACUUGAUUGUUGUAUGUGGUGCCGUCGCGUCCUCGCCAUCGAUCUGGAGUCGAAGUGAUUCUCGAGAGCCCCCGGUUUACGUGGCAGGGAACGAUGAGUGGCCAUGGCUCGUCUUCUGAGAAAGGAGUCAACACGAGCCUGAUCUGCCAGGAGAGUUACGCCUGCGGCGGCUCCGAGGAAGCAGCGUUCGAGUGCGACGAGUGCAGAAGCCUCCAGUGCGUCCGCUGCGACCUGGAGCUCCACAGCCAGGAGCGACUCCACCACCACGAGCGGGUCCAGAUCAGCGCCGGCCAUGUGCCCUACUGCGACCACUGCAAAGGAGCCAACGGUGACAAGCGUCAUCGAUCGGUGGUCCGCUGCCAGAACUGCAAACUGAACUUGUGCCAGGAGUGUCAGAAGCGCACCCACAGUGGGGGCAACAAGAAGAAACAUCAGCUCACGUCAUAUCCUCCGUCCCCGAGAGCGUCCCAGGUCACAGCUGUCCAAACAUCUAUCCCCCCGCCUGCUGUUCAAGGGGAGGAUGAGAGCAGAUCGAUUAGAGUCAAACUACUGGAGAACGUCUCCAGUUUCCUGCUGGUGGAUGAGAACGAGGAGAUGCAAAUUAAAGAUGAGGCCACGUUCGUAAAGCGGCUGGGCUGCCCCUCUGACCAGCUGCUGAAGGUGGUCUCCAUCUUUGGCAACACCGGCGAAGGCAAAUCUCACACCCUCAACCACACGUUCUUCAUGGGGCGAGAGGUCUUCAAGACCUCUCCAGCACAAGAGUCCUGCACGGUGGGCGUGUGGGCAGCGUUCGACCCCGUCCAUAAAGUGGUGGUCAUCGACACAGAGGGGCUGCUGGGGAACUGCGCCAAUCAGGGCCAGAGGACCCGUCUCUUGCUUAAGGUGCUCGCCAUCUCCGACCUCAUCAUUUACCGCACGCACGCGGACCGUCUCCACGAUGACCUCUUCAAGUUCCUGGGCGACGCCUCGGAGGCCUACUUGAAGCAUUUCACCAAGGAGCUGAAGGCCACGACUGCCAGAUGUGGUCUGGAUGUCCCGCUGUCCACCUUGGGCCCUGCUGUGGUCAUCUUCCACGAAACGGUCCACACCAAGUUGCUGGGAUCAGGCAAGUCGUCGGAGGUGGUGGAUCGCCACCUCCUGGAGCGCUUCAAGAAGCUUUCUCGUUACCCCGAAGCCUUCAGCUCGGUCCACUACUGGGGAACGCAGACUCUGACUCCGCCGACCGACUUCCGCGGCCUGCAGAACAAGCUGGAGCUGCUGUUGGACAACAACGCCACGCGGUCGCCUCGUAGCCCAGUGGUCAUAUUCAAAGCUCUGAUGGCCCUCAGUGAACGCUUCAACGGAGAGAUUGGAGAAGAGCUGGUCUCUAACAACUCCUUCUUCCCUGACGAGUAUUUCACCUGCUCUUGCUUGUGCCUCAGCUGCGGAUCGGGCUGCAAAAACAGCAUGAAUCACCUGCUGGAAGGAGAUUUCCAUGAAGCAAAGCAUCGCUGCCGCUACUCUGUACAGCAUGAUAAUCGAGUUUUCACCUGUAAGGGCUGCUAUGAAAAAGGUAAAGAAGUGAUUGUUGUCCCGAAAACCUCCGCCUCUUCAGACUCCCCCUGGAUGGGUCUUGCCAAAUAUGCCUGGUCUGGGUAUGUCAUUGAGUGUCCCCACUGCGGAGUGAUCUACCGCAGCCGUCAGUACUGGUUCGGGAACCAGGAUCCAGUGGACACAGUCGUUCGCACUGAGAUCAAGCACGUGUGGCCCGGGGCGAGCGGCUUCCUGAAGGACAACAGCAAUGCAGCGCAGCGGCUUCUGGACGGAGUCAACCUGGUGGCCCAGUCCGUGUCGGAGCUCAGCGUCAAGCCCACCAAGGCCGUCACCUCCUGGCUGACCGAUCAGAUCGCGCCGCCCUACUGGAAAUCCAACUCCCUCAUCUUGGUGUGCCAUAAAUGCAACUUAGUCUUCCAGGACAACGACACCAAGCAUCACUGCCGUGCCUGCGGAGAAGGUUUCUGCGACGAAUGCUCGUCCAAAGUGGCCCCGGUGCCUGAGCGAGGCUGGGGGCUGGGGCCUGUACGAGUGUGUGACGACUGCUAUGAGCAGAGAGCUUCGUAUGAAGAGAGCGUUGACCCUGAGAUGGAGGAGGAGGAGGGCGGGACUCUUGCCAGGAAGGUUGGCGAGGCUGUGACCAAUACGCUCGGCGUCGUGGUCACUGCGAUUGACAUCCCGCUUGGCCUGGUUAAAGACGCGGCCCGCCCUGCCUACUGGGUUCCCGACCAGGACAUCCUCUCCUGCCACCACUGCCAGCGCGAGUUCACUGCCAAACUGUCCAAGCAUCACUGCCGCGCCUGCGGUCAGGGAGUAUGUGCCGACUGCUCCCCGGAGCGCCGGCCUGUUCCAUCCAGGGGCUGGGACCACCCGGUGCGCGUGUGCACCGGCUGCAACCAGAAAUCCGGAGAUCUUUAACACCCGCAGCCGCUCACCGCUGCAUCUCUCUAAAGGUUCUAGUCCAGUCACGUAUAUCCGGGCUGAUUUUUUUUCUUUUUUUUUGUCGGGACGUUCCGUGUUCCAGUGGCCUUCAUAGAACAGCCGGAGAUAUGUAUGAUACUUGACCCUGAGUGGGAUGGAACUACAUUUCCUCUCACUCAAAGAAACUAUUUUAAAAUCCAUAAAAAGGUUGUUGUGCUAUUUUUCUACUAUCAGAAAAUAUUAUAAAAAAAAAGUUGUAUCAUUUAUUAAAGAGUUAGUCGCAAACCCCCGACGGGUUGUAGUUGAUAUUACCAAGCAUUAUUUCUGUGUCACGGCCAGGAGAUAUUGAACAUGCGUGCUGGUUCGAUUGCAUGCUGCAUUGCAACAUUUUCAGGUUUUGCACUAAACCUUUUUCUUUCCAGCUGUUAUAAGCUGUCGCUUACUAUGGCCAAAAUCCAGAUAUCCACCCGAUCAAGCGGUCUGGAUUUGGGAUAUCUGGGGUGCCAAAAUCAUUCAGGUCACUGUCUGUGUUUUUAUUUGAACUUGUGGUUGUAUGACGAUGUAGCGCUAACUAUAGAGGAGUGGAUUUGUCGACUAAAGGUAUUUAUGUAGUGAAAGCAACACUAUUAACACGUGAGCAUGUGUGAGAGGUGAACGGUGGCCAUUUUGACUCCCAGAACUUUCUUAUUGUGUAGAGUUUCUUUAUCUAUAGCUGUUAAAUAUAGCUCCCCUUGUCACCUGCGACAAACAAGUCUUUAUCCUGAAUUCAAACUGGAAACUUUUAAAUAAAGUUAAAAACAAAAAAGGUCUGGGUUUGGUGAGCAGUCACAUGGUCUUUUGUUUGAAAUCUAGGAGGUUCUCUCCGCUGUUUAAAGUGGCCAAUGCCAUGUUGGAGCUAAGCUACGAGACUAAAGAAAGCUGAGUGUGUGGAAGGGGCAAUCACGUUUCAAACCAGUCAAAAAUAGUAUCGGUUGUGUCUCGAACACUGGAAUAGAAGCACUCCGGAUGUUCUGCUUGAGCUUUUAUAACACCAAUUGGCAACCAGCUGCAGGUUUUCGGUGCUGGAAACACUUGCAGGGUAGCAUCAUGUAACACUAGGAUAGAUUCACACCUAUAUAUUCACCUUAAACCAGUGUGAGUCGACUAUUUUGAUCACUCCCUUUUCCGCUUUUUAAAAUCAGUUUGGCAUUAUGUACUGUAUUUAUUUACUUUUGUUAGAACUGUAUGUGUAUCCAUUAAUGUUGUCAAUCACUUCAAAUCCAAUACAGGACUGUAUUAAAGCCAAGCACAAGGUCUGUGUUAUAUUUUUUAGAAUGAGGGGUACAUUUCCUUGUGACUUGUCUUUUUUUUUUUUUUUUGUUCUGAUGUUUGGGAUGUCCCGUCGAACAAACCAUCCUCGGAGAUCACAAUAUUUCAUAGGCAGGAAGUAUCAUGGCGUCCGUUUCCUAGCAAGUGUGCGUGAUCCGUCGUUCCUGCUCUGUUUUGCUGUUUGAGAUGAAGACGUGGUGAUGUCAUAAACACUUCAUGUGCAACACAAAAAAAAAGAAAAAAAAACCCACGCAUGACUGAGACCUUUUAAACUUGAAUCUCAUGUGUGAGUACUUGUUGAAGUGGUGACGGAUUUGCAUACAUUAAAGUUGUGUCAGCUCUUGUCACUCUAACACAGAACCUGAAAUUGCCUCAGUAUUUUUUGUGUGUGUAUAUCUUUCUGUGUGUGUGUUUCAAUCUCCAUGUCAAACCACGCACUGUGUGGGAGGAAUAGAUCAUGUGCGUGCUUCAGUCGCUGAGCUGUUUCUCUCCAACGCUGCAGCUGCGCAGACAGGAAAGGAAACUUGCUGCUUAUUGAUGGUGAUAAUCCAGAAUGUUAUCCAAGGUUGAGUUGGAAACCUUUUGCAGCCCGAAUGUUUUCCAGGUCUGAGCUACACUACACAGGCCUCUGAUGCCUCAGAUCUGCUGUGAGUCUCUCCCAGAUGGCUGAGCUCCCCAAAGAGAGUCCAGACAAAAAAAAAAAAACCAAAAUCACAUUCACCAAAUGAUGUGACCACAUGAAAGACUAGUUAAAUAAGGUCUUUUUGCCUUUUGGUUCAGCUCUUUUCACACCAGCUCCUCAUGACUGAAGACACUGCACCAAUCCAUCCUUCCCUUCUGAACAUAUGUAAGAAUGUAUGAACAACUCCUGCUCACGAGAAUGAUGAUAAAUGAUUCAUAA